CAAUCCUGGCAAUUUUAUAGAAGGAAAAGAAUGGCGUCGGCGACGUCUCGCCAGGCCUUGUACUGCUUGUAGUAGGGGUGAUAUUGUAGUCUCUGAACUUCCAAUGGAUACCUUACUUUUUUCGGUGGCAUGACAACUUCUAGGCUUUUUAGACGGAAGUUAUAUCUCUUUGUAAGCAAGGAUGUCAAACAGAAAGAAGGAUCGUAACCAGGGGAAAGUUCUUGAUUUGAGCGAACAUGAGAAGUUUCUGGAAGAAAGAGUGAAGCAGUACAAAGAGAAAUUGGAAGCACAAGCCAAAUCAGCAACUGUUAACAAAGCCCCAUCUGCCUCUGAUGUCAACACAGCACGGCUAAUUGGAAAGAGUACAAAGACUACUACAACACCUGCUGUGAACAACUUAUUCAGUAAUGAUGGAAGUUUUUUGGACCAGUUCAGGAAGCUGACAGGACAAGACAAAACUUCUGUGGCCAAAAAGAGCUCAGCGUCAUCUGAAAGCAAAGCUCUUCUUCAGAAUAAAGUCAAAAGUGAACCUUCAAGUUCCAAACUAGAUAGCAACAAGUACAAACUCCCCACUCCUUCGAUUAUUCUGCCCUCUUUCAUAUCAAAAGGUUAUGGUCAGAAUGAUGUCAAGGAGGAAGUCAAACAAGAAGCUUCCGAGGACUCAAGCAAGUCACCGGAAGAUUUUGCCAGUUAUAGUCCAGAGGAGGAAGAAAAUGGCCAAGAAGGAGAGAUUGCGUCCCCAGCAGAUAGCCCCGGACAACAGACACAGGAAGAAUCCCAAAAUGGUCACGCACAGAAUGAUGUUUCAACUGAUCAAACUCAGGCUGCUCCUGCACCUGAGGUUGCUGUAUUGUCCACAGAGCACAGCCACAACUACCAGUCAUAUGAAUACAGUCAAGCAGUAACGCAGGCUGUUUCAGACCCAGAAAUGGUCAGUCAGGUGGCUUUUUCAACGUACACGACUCAUGGUCAAUGCUUGGCAACUUCAUCUCAACCUUCUCAGCCUGUGCCCUCGUUUGGUCCAUCCUAUGCCCCCCAGUACAGCCAAGCUCCACCACUGCUCAGUCAACCUCUCCUGACUGCUAGCCAGCCUCAAGCAGUCCAAAUGUCUCUUACUUUGAGUCAGCAAGUGCCCCCAGUAGAUCCUAAUCUGUACAGUGUAGCCAACCCGAUUCUCCAACCCUCUCUCUCAGUGGCUCAGGGAACGGCACCUGCAAUGGCUGCCCCUGGCAUGGUUUUAGUCAAUGCUCAGAAUGUGGCGUCACCACCUGUCAUUAAUCUUCACCACUCAGUGGCGCCUCCUGGCUCAAUGCCUUCCCACAUGGCUCCUUUACCAGUUGCUACCUCUGGGAUGGCAGCCAUUCAGAGUCCAUUACCCCAGAUACAGACAGUUAUAGUGUCAAGCGUUCCCCUGCAAAUUCCACCGUCCGUGGCUGUAGUGACCAGUUUCAACAACGGAGUGCAGUCUGUCGCCCCCACCCAGCACAUACAGGCUGUGCAGCCCGCACAGCCAACAGCCGUGUCCAGUAUGUAUCUGGUCCCCAUGCAACCACAGAACCCUCCUGUCAUGACCAAUGUUUACACCCCCCCACCCCCGAUGUCGGCUGGCAGUCUGCCAGUGGUCAACAGUGUGACCCCCACAGCUCACUUCUCAACAGGCUACCCGCCACCUUCAGUGGCUCCGUCUAGCAUUGUUCCUACUCUUGCCGCCCAGCCACAGCCUGCUUCGGUUGCGUAUAACCCGCAUGUUAAUGCCGGCAUGGGGAUGUACGGCCCCACCCCUGUGCAACAGCAACCAAUUGUGACUUUGACUCAGAGCCAGCCAGCCGCCUAUGUGCCGUAUGUACAACCGGACCUGUCAAAACCAGUGAUUAAACAGGAGAUGGGAAUGUAUGGACCAAUUACUACUGCUGUGAAAAGUGAAGUGGAAGAAUACGAUCCUGCUGCACCAACUGAUGAUACAGACGUUUCCGACCAUGUGAUGCCUGGAGUUACAAUGGUGUCAAGAUGCAAUGGAGUUUCUUUCUCCCUGGGUCAGAAAAAUGUUGCAAAGAAUGAUGGGACAAGGCUGCCGGGGGCUUUCAUGUCAGAGCUAGAUAAUGGACCACCUGUCUGUCCCCCAGAAGACAAAGAAACCCUGGAUGUCAUUGAGCAGUUAGCUGCACAAAUUUUGCUCAGUGGGCCAGAGACAGAGCAAAAGGCUUUGGACGAGCAUGCCAAUGAUCCUCUUUAUUGGUUUCUGCGAAACAGGGCCAGUGACACAUAUAAGUAUUUUCGAUGGAAAGUUGAACAGGUCUUGAGGUUAAAUGUGAAACAAGAAGCAGACGAUGCAGAUGCUGAAGAUGAUGGAGAGAGAGACCUGAGGCAACCUAUGCGGAAAAAGCGCCGUUCGCGCUGGGGCGACCAGAAAGCUCCUAUUGCCCAACCGGGUGUUGCGGCGCCAUCUUUAGCUCCCCCAGGUGUUGUCAUGACGCCAUCCAUAGCGCCCCCUGGUGUGGCAAACCCUGUGCUGGGACCCCCAGGCCUGAUCACCCCUUCUCUGGCCCCGCCGGGUGUAGCGACCCCGUCAUUAGCACCACCUGGUUUGGUGGUUCCGUCGCUUGGCCCGCCCGGUAUUGCUGCUGUUGGGGGUACUGUGCCAGGUGUGGCAACAAAUAUUCAGCUGGGAGGUGUGACUACCAUACAGCCUCAUAUGCAACUACCGCCAAGAGCUCAAAUUCCAGUUCCAAACUCGUCUAAUAUGCAAGACUAUGCAAGAAAGAUGAUUGGUAGUGAUUCCAUUUCUGAAGAGCAGCUGAAGCAGAUUCGAGAGCAACAAGAGCUCAACUUCAUGUACGAGCUAGUGGUGGCUCAGAAGAAGAUCCAGGAGCAGGCUAUCAUGGCAGAGAUUGAAGGCAUCAAGGUCAAGAGGAAGUACGAGUAUGACUCAGACGAGGACACGGAAGGGGGCACAUGGGAGCACAAGCAGAGAGCUAAGGAAAUGACUGCCACUAAAGAAUGGGCAGAGAAGUUGACGUCAGGAUCUCGUGGGAAACAUUUCAUUGGAGAUUUCUUACCUCCGGCAGAGCUGGAGAAGUUCUUGGAAACUUUCAAGGCUCUGAAGGAGGGCAGAGAACCAGACUACUCUGAGUACAAAGAGUUCAAGCUGACCUGUGAGAACAUGGGCUACCAGAUGCUGCUCAAGCUGGGCUGGAAGGAAGGCGGGGGCCUGGGAGCCAAGGAGCAGGGCAUCACCAAACCUGUGAACAGAGGGAAUACAACCGUGGAAGGACGUGGUUUGGGUAUUGACCGGCCAGCGGAGCUCACAAAGGAAGAUGACGAGUACGAUGCUUACAGAAAAAGGAUGAUGCUGGCAUACAGAUUCCGGCCCAACCCUCUGAACAAUCCACGGAGGCCGUACUACUGAUGUGACUUCUCACUGGGGAUCAAGAAGUAAUUUGGCAGCAAAGGGAUGGGAAUCUGCAUUGCUUUUUCCAUCAUUGGCACAGCACCAUUUGGCCAUGAUGGUUUAGUUCUGCUGUAUCUUAUUUAAUCAGUGUGUGGGAUAUGCUAAGGUGGUAAUGCAUUUUCUUGCACAAUAUUUAAGAAUUGAGUAAUUUGUUUUAUUUUAUUAUUUUUGGGGGGUAAAAUAUAUUUGUGCAUUUAUAUUGUAGAUAAAGCUGAAGUCCACUUGUGUCGAGUGCUGGUGUUUCUGCGACUAGCAGUGAUGAAGAAAAAUAACUGCUUGAAUUAUUUUUAUGUUUGUACUAAUUAAUAUAUAGAUUGUCACGUUGUAAGUGAUCAUGUCUGAUGGUAGGCUAUGUGUUCAUUGCUUGUGUGAUGAUGUUUGAAACCAUGUCUUGUUUCUGCUGCAAGAGGUCACAGGGAAAGUAUGGUUUUAUGUUUAUGAACUUGCAAAGUGUCCUUGUUUGAUCAGUGUGGCGUUACGGGCCAAGUUACUGUGUAUCUCUUCAAAGUUUUUUUUCUGAUUUUGUCCCAAGUUUUAACUCCAUCCCAUCCCGUCUCCUGCUUCUAAAAUUUUCAAUAGAAAAUCGGCCAGUAGAUUGAUUUUGUGCUAAUAAAUACAAG